AUGGGCGGAGUUCCCUCGAUACCCGCCGACCGGUCGCGGACCGUGCAGGUCAUAGGCGCCGGCUACUCCCGUACCGGCACCGUGUCCAUGGCGCUGGCGCUGGAGAAGCUGCUUGACGGGCCGGUCAUGCAUGGCGGAACGCAGCUGUUUGGGCGAGAAGACGCCUAUGUCAAGCUCUGGUGCGACAUAUUUGCCAACCGCGACAACAAGCCCGUCCUCAUGAAGCUCCUGCGCGAGGCCACCGCGGGCUUCGUUGCCGUGACCGACACUCCCGGCAACGCCUUUAUCCCUGAGCUGCUCGAGCUGUAUCCAGAGGCCAAGGUGGUGCUGGUGACGCGCGAUCCGGACCGCUGGUUCAACAGCAUGCAGGGGCUGAUCAAGGACGGCAUUGGCGAUUCGAUGGUGAUGCUCAAGGUGCUGCUGUGGCCGUGUCCUGGAUGGAGAUGGGCGCCGCGUUGGUUGAGCCAGCUAGGAUUAUAUGAAGAAGCUCGUCUUGGACCAACAUUGACCCGAGACUCCAUCCUCAUCCACAACGAGUGGGUUCGCAAGCAUGUGCCCCCAGAGAGGCUCUUGACCAUGGAGCUGAGCCAGGGCUGGGGGCCACUGGCCAAAUUUCUGGACAUGCCGGUCCCCGAUGGGCCGUUUCCUCACGCCAACGACGGGGAGGCCAUGGAGAAGUUUGCAAAGAGCGUAUUUCGGACUGCGAUGCUGAUUUGGGUGGGCAUCUUGUCGGGCACGGGGAUGCUGGCGUGGGCGGGAGUGGGCGCUUGGAGAAGAAGCCUGCUGGUUUGA